UCUGUCAACUGAGUGGCUUGACAGUGGCGGUAGGAAUGGCGGCUAUGAUUACUAGAGGAAGGAACCCAAAGACCCUGAAACUUUACUUCUAGCGGCCCCGCAGAGGAAUUCGUCUGCAGCGAAACGCAGAGGCACCGUCCCCAUCACGGAUUAACGGGAGAAGACGUGUCGUAACGUGAGAUUCUCGCGGUAGAUCCAGACGGAGGAGGCGGACGCACUAGUUAGCUGAACGUUAGUGCCGCUGACUUUGAUUCAAGGUAGCUGUUAGCUCGCUGCACUACUAGCCAGCUGUUGGCUAACUUACUUGGCUUGGCUGGCCCAACAAGUUCACUGAAGUGAAUAAGUGUGUGAAAGCAUUCCUUAUUUGACUCGUUACAUGGUGAUCAGCUCUCUUUAGUAUUCGGGACUGUUACAGAGAGUGGGGAUCAGACGACGCCAGUUCGACACGGCGAACAUUGUUGCUGCUAACGUUAGCUAGUGCUAAGUUGGGAUCCUGAAGUCUCGCCCAUUUUUUGGAUCCUGCCCCAGCCAUUGGCUUACGGGCUAAUCAACAGCCAACUAGUCUGCUUUUAAGGUUCGACUGGUGCCACAAUGGAAAGUCUAACGUUGAGUGAUAUCGAGCAGAAAUAUUACUCGGAUUUGUUCGUUUACUGCGACACGGACAACACCAAGAAAGUGGCGUCCAACGGGAGAGUUCUUGACCUUUUCCGGGCGGCCCAGCUACCCAGCGAAGUUGUCCUGCAGAUCACAGAGCUAUGCGGAGCCACUCGGCUGGGUCACUUCGGGCGGAGCCAGUUCUACAUCGCUCUGAAGCUCAUUGCCAUCGCCCAGUCCGGGCUGCCCCUGAGGGUGGAAAGCCUCAACUCGGUUAAGGACCUGCCGCUGCCCAGGUUCGUGGUGGGGAAGAACGAGGCAGAGGCGAGGCACGCUGCUCUCUACCAGGACUCAGACAGUCAGGGGAUGUACCCAGCCUCUGCCACUGCAGUAAUACCCAGACCACCAGGCAGGGGUCACCAGAACAAGAAAGGUCCCGCCUCAUCCACCACGCUUCCUGUCCAUGAGGUCAUCCAGCCUCUGGCACCCAGCGUAGAAACACAGCAGCCUGAACCGACGUCCCCGGUGGUCUCCCCUCACCAGUCGCCCCCCACCUCCCCUCCCUCCUGGAGGAAACACAAACGGCAGCACAGCGGAGGAAAUCCAGACAGACAGGCGGUGGUGGCUGCAACCGGAGCUGUCUGGACGCAGUUCAGAGAACCACAAACAGCUCCAGUGUCCGGUGACGGGAUGUGGCCGUCGCACUCGCCCCCUCUUCCAGGACAGGAAAGUUGGGUCAGUUUCACAGCAGACACCCCGCCAUCCAGCACGCUCCCAGCAAUGCACCCCUCAUCAGUACAGGAAAGCACAACGAUACGAACGGUGGCCUCGGCAGCGACGACCAAUGAGAUCCAGCGACAGUCCAGCGGCUACGAUGAUCCAUGGAAGAUAACGGACGAGCAGAGACAGUAUUAUAUUAACCAGUUCAAAACCAUUCAGCCAGACCUUACCGGCUUCAUACCUGGUUCAGCAGCAAAAGAGUUCUUCACCAAAUCAAAACUACCAAUUUUAGAGCUGUCACAUAUUUGGGAGCUUUCAGACUUCGAUAAAGACGGAGCGCUGACCUUGGACGAGUUCUGCGCCGCCUUCCACCUGGUCGUAGCCAGGAAGAAUGGUUACGACCUCCCUGAAAAGCUGCCCGAGAGCCUGAUGCCAAAGCUGAUUGACCUGGAUGACUCAGCAGAGGUCCCGGAGGCGACUGCUGACGUUGGUUACUCGGCCUCCCCGGUGGAGGUCACCCCCAACAAGUCUCCCUCCAUGCCCUCACUCAACCAGGCCUGGCCAGAGAUGAACCAGAGCAGCGAGCAGUGGGAGACGUUUAGCGAGCGCUCCUCCAGCUCACAAACUCUGACCCAAUUUGACUCUAACAUUGCACCAGCUGACCCUGACACCGCCAUCGUCCACCCAGUUCCCAUCCGGAUGACGCCCAGUAAAAUCCACAUGCAGGAAAUGGAGCUGAAGAGGACUGGCAGCGACCACAACCACCCAACCAGUCCGCUGCUGGCUAAACCUCCAGAACUGUCUGAAGAAGCUAAAAUACCUGCAGCCAUGAAGUUUGUACCUGCAAACACUGUAGGUGAUGGUUACAGCAGCUCUGACUCCUUCACCUCAGACCAGGAGCCAAUCACAAGACAAAGGUCUCAGUCGGGUACGUCUCCAGAAGCUCUGAAAGUGACGGCCCCGCCUCCCCCUCCACCCCGGCCUCACCCCUCUCACUCCCGCUCCUCAUCUCUGGACAUGAACCGCACCUUCGCCGCCGCGUCCGCCACGGGACAACCACAACCCUCUACGAUAGCUUACCCACCUGCUGUGCCUCCUCGACCUCUACCUACGCAGACAUCAGCACCACACACCGGCCAUCGUGUAGAGGCUGAGGGUGCACCGGGAGGCGGGGCCGCCCUCACCACCACCUCCCCCCAGCAGAUUCCCCAGCAGCCCAAUUUUGCAGACUUUAGUCAGUUUCAGGCCUUCGCUGCAUCUGAACAGCCUUCCAGCCUGCCGGAGGUUGACAAACACAGCGAGUCUGGACAGGUGGAAAAAUCAUCAGAGGGCGCCGGCCCUUUGAGAACAGUGAAGAGCGAUAGCCAAGCAGAUGAAAGAACUUCAACCACUGUUAACUCUGUGAAGGGCUCGUCUGGCCCGCUAGCUCCUCCUCCAAAACCGGUGCGUCGGAGGUUGAAGUCUGAAGACGAGCUACGACCAGAAGACGAGCAGCACGGUCCUCAGAAAUCAAACGUCAUAGCCGCCGUCCUGGCCACUCAGCCUUCCAUCCCCAGGUCGGUAGGAAAGGACAAAAAGGCGAUUCAAGCUUCAAUCAGAAGAAACAAGGAGACAAAUACAGUGUUGGCACGACUUAAUAGUGAACUGCAGCAGCAGCUGAAGGACCUGCUUGAAGAGAGGAUAUCUCUGGAAGUCCAGCUGGAGCAGCUCAGACCUUUCUCUCAUCUUUAACCAACAUGAGGAGGAAAACUCGGCUGUAGUUCAUCCGAAGCAAAGCUGGGCCCUCCGUGUGACUCCCCCCCUCCUACCCCCUGCCCUCCCCCCUCCUCCCCCAUCCAUCCAUCCCUCCCUCCCUCCCUCCCUCCUUCCAUCAUCCUGGCUUUCCCUGAAGGCUCCGACCUGCCGCAGGGCGUUCCGUUAAAACUCUCUCGCUCAAUCACACACUUAUCAAUCGUCAAAGCGGAAGGACCGAGAGCACAGUCUUACCACAAGGGGGAGGGAGCGAGAGGA